GCCGCCGCCCGCCGAGCCCGGGGCGCAGCCGGCAGCCGCGCAGGGGCCAUGACGGUGGAGCAGAACGUGCUGCAGCCCGGCGGCGCCGCCAAGCACCAGCAAACAUUUUUAAAUCAGCUGAGGGAGAUCACUGGUAUCAAUGACAUCCAGGUACUACAACAGGCACUGAAGGACAGCAAUGGUAAUCUGGAGUUGGCUGUGGCUUUUCUCACUGCGAAGAAUGCCAAGGUUCCCCAGCUAGAGGAGGCAACUUACUAUCAAACAGCCCUUCCUGGAAAUGACAGAUACAUCAGCGUGGGCAGCCAGGCAGACACCAAUGUGAUUGAUCUCACUGGAGAUGAUAAAGAUGAUCUUCAGAGGGCAAUUGCCUUGAGUUUGGAGGAAUCAAACAGGGCAUUCAGGGAGACUGGAAUAACAGAUGAGGAACAAGCCAUUAGCAGAGUUCUAGAAGCCAGUAUUGCAGAAAAUAAAGCAAGUUUAAAGAGGACGCAUCCAGAGGUAUGGAGUGACUCUCCAAACCCUUAUGAUCGAAAGCGGCAAGACAACUGUCCAGUAGGAUUAAAGAAUGUUGGCAACACGUGCUGGUUUAGUGCUGUCAUUCAGUCAUUAUUUAACCUACUGGAGUUUCGAAGACUAGUUUUGAAUUUCAAUCCUCCUGCAAAUGCUCAAGACUUGCCCCGAAACCAAAAGGAACAUAGGAAUCUGCCUUUCAUGCGUGAAUUGAGGUACCUGUUUGCACUUCUAGUUGGUUCGAAGAGAAAAUAUGUUGACCCAUCAAGAGCAGUUGAAAUCCUUAAAGAUGCUUUUAAAUCAAAUGAUUCCCAACAGCAAGAUGUUAGUGAAUUUACACACAAAUUAUUAGAUUGGCUAGAAGAUGCCUUCCAAAUUAAAGCUGAAGAAGAGAGGGAUGGAGAGAAACCAAAGAACCCAAUGGUGGAGUUGUUUUAUGGACGAUUUCUAGCAGUAGGUGUACUUGAAGGUAAAAAAUUUGAAAACACAGAAAUGUUUGGCCAGUAUCCACUCCAGGUUAAUGGCUUUAAAGAUCUGCAUGAGUGCCUAGAAGCUGCAAUGAUUGAAGGGGAGAUUGAAUCUCUCCAUUCAGAAAACGCUGCAAAAUCUGGUCAGGAGCACUGGUUCACCGAGCUUCCUCCUGUCUUAACUUUUGAGCUAUCAAGAUUUGAAUUUAAUCAGGCUUUGGGGAGACCAGAGAAGAUACACAACAAAUUAGAAUUUCCUCCAAUUUUGUAUCUGGACAGAUAUAUGCACAAAAACAGAGAAAUAACAAGAAUUAAACGGGAUGAAAUAAAGAGACUCAAGGAGUACCUCACAGUUUUACAACAAAGAUUAGAACGAUAUUUAAGCUAUGGUUCUGGUCCUAAACGAUUCCCCUUGGUAGAUGUCCUGCAGUACGCCUUGGAGUUCGCCUCCAGCAAGCCGGUGUGCUCGUCUCCCGUUGAUGACCUAGGUGCUAGUGCCCCUGCCAGCGGCACGCUGCCGGCCCAAACCUCGCCCAGCACAAUAGAGCAGCAGGGCCCUUCAUCUUCAGAUGUUCCAAGCACAUCUCCUGUACAAAGAUCAGUAAUACAUAAACCAUUUACACAAUCACGAAUUCCUCCUGAUCUGCCAAUGCAUCCGGCACCAAGGCACAUCACUGAGGAAGAGCUGUCUGUCCUAGAAGGCUGUUUACAUCGCUGGAGGACUGAAGUAGAGAACGACACUAGAGAUUUACAAGAAAGUAUAUCUAGAAUACAUCGGACAAUUGAAUUGAUGUACUCUGACAAAACAAUGGUCCAAGUUCCUUAUAGGUUGCAUGCUGUGCUAGUUCAUGAAGGUCAAGCUAAUGCAGGACACUACUGGGCAUAUAUUUAUGACCACCACCAGAACAGAUGGAUGAAAUACAAUGAUAUUUCUGUGACAAAGUCAACUUGGGAAGAGUUGGAACGGGACUCUUUUGGUGGUUACAGGAAUGCCAGUGCAUAUUGUUUGAUGUAUAUCAAUGAUAAGGAACAAUACUUGAUACAAGAGGAGUUUAACAAAGAAACAGGACAGAUCCUUGUUGGAAUGGACACACUACCUUCUGAUCUAAGGGAUUAUGUCAAGGAAGACAAUAAACGUUUUGAGAAAGAACUUGAAGAAUGGGAUGCAGAACUUGCUCAAAAGGCACAGCAGGAGAAGUUGUUAUCUCAGAUACCCAGGGCACCCGCACCCUCACCUGCUCCAGUUCAAGCAGGAGAACCAGAAUAUUUAGAGCAGCCAUCAAGAACUGAUAUUUCAAAGCACUUAAAAGAAGAUUCUGUACAAGCAAUCAAUAAAGCUUUAGCUGAACAAGAAGAUAGAGGUCCGGAAGCUAUAAUGGAUACGAGCUCUGAUAAUGCCCCAGCUCAACCAGUUCCUAACCAGCGAGUUGUAGAGGUGGCGAUUCCUGAUGUAGGGACUUUUGUGAUUGAGUCAGAGGAGGGGGGUUAUGACGAUGAGGUCAUGCUGACCCCGAACAUGCAAGGUAUUAUCAUGGCUAUAGGUAAAGCCAGGAAUGUUUAUGACAGGUGUGGGCCAGAAGCAGGGUUCUUUAAGGCAAUUAAAUUGGAAUACACACGUUUGCUAAAAUUAGCCCAGGAAGAUCCACCACCUGAAUGUGAUUACCGUUUGCGUCAUGCAAUUGUGUACUUCAUCCAAAACCAGGCACCAAAGAAGAUAAUUGAGAGAACAUUACUGGAACAGUUUGGAGAUCACAAUCUUAGCUUUGAUGAAAGGUGCCGUAACAUAAUGAAGGUUGCUCAAGCUAAACUUGAAAUGAUAAAGCCAGAUGAAGUAAACAUGGAGGAAUAUGAGAGAUGGCAUCAAGACUAUAGAAAUUUCAGGGAAACAACCAUGUUUCUCAUGGUAGGAUUGGAGUUUUUCCAAAAAAAGAGCUAUAUGGAAGCCUUGCUCUACCUUAUCUAUGCUUACCAGAAUAACAAAGAACUCUUGUCCAAAGGCCCGUACAGAGGGCAUGAUGAGGAGCUGAUAUCUCACUACAGACGAGAAUGUUUGCUAAAACUAAAUGAACAUGCUGCAGCACUGUUUGAAUCGGGAGAUGAUCAGGAAGUAAAUAACGGCCUGAUCAUUAUGAAUGAGCUUAUUGUCCCAUGUUUGCCAUUACUACUGGUGGAUGAAAUGGAAGAAAAAGAUAUUGUUGCUGUGGAAGAUAUGAGAAACCGUUGGUGUUCCUAUCUUGGACAAGAAAUGGAACCUAACUUGCAAGAAAAGCUGACAGAUUUCCUGCCAAAACUGCUAGAUUGUUCUACAGAGAUUAAAGGUUUCAAUGACCCGCCAAAGUUACCCUCCUACUCCACACAUGAACUGUGUGAAAGAUACGCCCGAAUCAUGUUGUCACUCAGUCGAACUCCAGCUGAUGGAAGAUAAAUUCUGCAACCUUCCUAAGCACAUUGUAUAAACUUUUUUAGUUCUUAAACCUUGCCUUCCUGUCACAGGGUUUGCUUGUUGCUGCUAUAGUUUUUAACUUUUUUAUUUUAAUAACUGCAAAAGAGAAAUGACUGUACAAACUUUAGCCAGACUGCAAACAAUUAAAGCUGAGAAUCGCAUGGCGCUCAGUCGUUUCAACCAGAAUCGAUGCAACAUGCAAGUCUGAUCAUUAUGGCAAAACUGCUUUUUUGCCACUUAUCUGUUACAGUAUUACUUUGCUUUUAUCUUAAGAUCCUUUACUUUAUCAACAGCUGUCUGGAUCAUUUUGUGACUGCAACUACUUUAAGUGUCCAGUGCUGUGUAAAUACAUGGUACUUGGUAGCUUGUAAAUGAAAUGAAAGAAUAAAGUUUUAUUUAUGGCUA